CAAGUCUCAGUGACAAGACAACACCCGGGCACAGGACACACUGCAACCUGCUGACAGAUUGUCCAUGUUUAAUUAACUGAACUUUGGGUGCAUUUCAUUUGGAUACAGAUUAAUUCACUAUAAUUUGCUGGCAACACAAGUGCAACCCAGGAAAGUAGCACUUGCGAUCUCUCUGCACUACUUGUGAAACGUGUGUCACAGACAGAAGCCUCCAUGCCUUCAGAAAUCCUUCCAGCAGUAGCACAACCAACUGAAGCUGGGGCGGCAGUGACCAGUGCUGCUGGUGAUGGUGCUGCCCCAGGAGGAGGCAUUUAUUCUGCAAUUAUCAGCAGGAAUUUGCCAAUUAUCGGAGGACGUGAGAAAACCUUUGAGGAACUCAGAAAGAAAUGCUUGCAGAGGAACUUUCUUUUCCAAGAUCGUGAGUUUCCCCCCGAUGAAAGCUCUCUGUUCUACAGCCAAGAUUUCCCCAUCAAGUUUGAAUGGAAAAGGCCUCCAGAAAUAUGCGAGAAUCCCGAGUUUAUCCUUGGAGGAGCAAACCGAACUGACAUCUGCCAAGGAGAUUUAGGGGAUUGCUGGUUCUUGGCUGCCAUAGCUUGUUUGACGCUCAAUGAAAAAAUCCUUUUUCGUGUCAUUCCUCCAGACCAGAGUUUCAAAGACAACUAUGCCGGAAUAUUUCAUUUUCAGUUCUGGCGUUACGGAGACUGGGUAGAUGUGGUCAUAGAUGACUAUUUGCCAACAUAUAACAAUGAGCUGGUCUUCACCAAAUCUUCCCAACGGAAUGAGUUCUGGAGUGCUUUGCUGGAGAAGGCUUAUGCAAAGCUGCAUGGCUCCUAUGAGGCUCUCAAGGGUGGGAAUACCACAGAAGCCAUGGAGGACUUCACUGGAGGAGUAACAGAAUUUUAUGAGCUUAAAGAAGCUCCAAAGGACAUGUACAAUAUAAUGAAGAAAGCUUUUGAGAGAGGCUCACUCAUUGGAUGCUCAAUUGAUGAUAAAUAUGGUUCUUCCUGUGGAGAUGCACCUCCGGGUAAUAUGGAGGAUGCAAUAAUCAGAAUGAUAGAGAGUGUGGGUGACACACGUCCUGACACAAAUGGCAAAGGUUUGCCACCAAAGCCAGCAGCGACCCUUGUGCCUGUUCAGCUGGAGACCCGCAUGGCCAAUGGACUGGUUAAAGGCCACGCAUACUCUGUAACAGGAGUUGAAGGGACUAUGUUGAAAGGAAAAUCAGUCAAACUUGUUCGUCUCAGGAACCCUUGGGGACAAGUGGAAUGGAAUGGCUCAUGGAGUGACAAUGCCAAGGAAUGGGCUAUAGUAGAUAAGUCCGAAAAGGGUCGCCUCCAGCACCAGGUACAGGAAGAUGGCGAGUUUUGGAUGUCAUAUGAUGAUUUUAUGAAGAACUUUACCAAGACUGAAAUCUGCAAUUUGACACCAGAUGCCUUGGAUUCGGAUUCACUCCAUGUAUGGACAGUGUCUGUCAAUGAAGGGCGAUGGGUCAGGGGUUGCUCAGCAGGAGGCUGCCGCAAUUAUCCGGACACCUACUGGACCAACCCUCAAUAUCGUCUUAAGCUUCUGGAGGAGGAUGAUGACCCUGCUGACAAUGAAGUUGUCUGUAGUUUUGUUGUAGCUUUAAUGCAGAAGAAUCGUAGGAAAGAUCGAAAGGCAGGAGCCAAUCUUUUCACCAUUGGUUUUGCUAUAUAUGAGGUUCCAAAAGAGAUGCAUGGCAACAAUCAGCACCUGGCAAAGGAUUUCUUCCUCUACAAUGCCUCCAAAGCCAAGUGUAAAACCUACAUCAACAUGAGAGAAGUCUGCCAGCGUUUCCGAUUGCCCCCAAGUGAAUAUGUCAUUAUCCCCUCUACCUACGAGCCCCACCAGGAAGGAGAGUUCAUUUUAAGGGUUUUCUCUGAGAAAAGAAAUAUUUCGGAAGAAGUUGAAUACAAGAUCGAAGCAGAAAAAACAAUUAAAAAGAAAAAGAAAGCCAAGCCUAUCAUCUUUGUGUCGGACAGAUCAAACAGCAAUAAAGAGUUGACCGUGGAUGGCGCCACUGAUGAAGACCAGAAAAAAUUGAACGCAGAUCAAAAAGAUAAGACCUCCGUUAGUACAGACACAGAGACCGAGGAAGAAAAGCAGUUUAGGAAUAUCUUCCAACAGAUCGCAGGGGAUGACAUGGAAAUUAGUGCUGAUGAGCUUCAAAGUGUCCUGAACAAUGUAGUUAACAAACAUAAAACCCUGAAAUCCAAUGGAUUCAGCCUAGAGUCAUGCCGCAGUAUGAUUGCGCUUAUGGAUACUGAUGGCUGCGGGAGGCUCAACCUGCAAGAAUUCUUUCACCUCUGGCAAAAGAUCAAACAGUGGCAGAAAAUCUUCUUGCGUUUUGAUUCUGACCAGUCGGGGACCAUCAGUAGCUUUGAGAUGCGAAAUGCCGUCAAUGAAGCUGGUUUCCGUCUGAACAGUCAGCUGUAUGACAUUAUCACAAUGCGUUAUGCCAAUAAGAGAAUGGACAUUGACUUUGACAGUUUCAUCUGCUGCUUUGUGCGCCUGGAAGGAAUGUUCAGGGCAUUCCAUGCGUUUGACAAAGAUGGAGAUGGUAUCAUUAAGCUGAAUGUGCUGGAGUGGCUGCAGCUUACCGUGUAUGCUUAGAAGGCCUGAACUCCAUCUCUCGGCUCCUGGUUAGGAUCUUCUCUCAAGGUUCCGCACAGGAAAGUCUCUCAGGAUCUCUGUUGGACAGAGCUUGUCACAUUUACCUCAUGAUACAGUCUUCAAACCCCAAUGACUUAACCUAAAAUUGUGUUCAGCUUAAAGGCACAGAGAAAACUACUGGGCUCCUUGGUCCCCAUAAAGUCCAUGCGGAGAUGUCAUUUUAAACAAGGGUUAUGUUGGGGAAUAUAUCUAUUGCUUGAUUUAUACUGAUGUUUUAAAAGCAAUGCGGUUUUAAGUCUUUUUAAAUAUAAUGUUGGGCGUGUAUAAAA